AUGGGUAUGAGAUAUGUGGCGGACAAGGCAAUUUUCAACGGGACACGGCCAUGGGUAGAGCUUGUUGGAUCUUGGCUGCUGCUAUUAUUAGAGAGCGAAGAAAGUCGGGAAGAUGAAAGACAUAUACAGGAAGACAGUGAGAAGACAGGCAAUGUUACAUCAGCCGGAAUGUAUUUCUUGCAUUUCCAAGUAUACAGAAUGGAUUCAACUAUAAAUGCGUUGGCCAUGGCAAAGGACUCAGAAGCUUCUUUCUUCAAGAGAUUGGACGGCCUUCAACCUUGUGAGGUCUCAGAACUAAAGGCUGGCACCCACAUAUUUGCUGUUUAUGGAGAUAAUUUCUUUAAAACUGCUACCUAUACAAUUGAGGCUCUCUCUGCAAAGUCGUAUGAGGAGACAACUGAAAAGCUUAAGGAUAUUGAGGCUGAGAUUUUGAGGAAGAGAAAUGAACUACGCCAAUUCGAAACAGAAUAUAGAAAGGCAUUGGCACGCUUCCAAGAAGUCACCAACAGAUACAGCCAGGAAAAGCAAUCUGUUGACGAACUUCUAAAACAGCGAGAUAGCGUCCACUCAUCUUUUACCGUUGUAAGGUCGGUGGGCAAUACCAGUGAGAGUGGACACUUUAGCAAUGGAAGUGGCAGCAAAAUUCCUGGUGAAGAGUGCAUGUCUGACAGCCCGGGAGAAGAGAGCAGUUCCGAUUCAAAGGACAUAUCUGCAAAGAAGAAAUGGUUCAAUUUCAACCUCAAAGGACCUGAUAAAAAGUGAGUGGUACAUAAUUUGUGUUUGCUCCAGAGGUUUGGAAUUUUAUCCUUUCAUGCAAGCAUUUGGCUAGUUCGCUGUCUAAACCAUUCCUUGUAUUAUGCGUUCAAAAUAUGUUUUUACCAUUUACCAUUUUCUGUUUUCUGAGUUUUUCAUAUAGGAUUUGUGAUAUUUAAUCACUAAAAAGAUUAGUAUUCUUGGAGUUGUGGCUAUUCAGUCCCCAGGAUACAUUUUGAAAUGUCAUGUAGAACAAGCCUAGCAUUCGGUUGAAAAUCCUUUUACUUUGUUGUAUAUAAAUUCUAGUUGUUGAGUA